AGCUCCUUCGACACCUAAAAGCUUCGCACCCGACCCGGCUUGCCCGUUCUGUUUCUGAUACAGCCUAGAAGGCAGUGUUGACCAUGCAGUCCCUGCGCACACGGAGGCCUUCAGAGCCUCGUCCCAAGCUGCAAAAGCGCGAGCCGACGAUCAGGCAGGGCCGAGCUAGCGAGCGCAAAUCUACCCGCGUAGAUGACAAAAUCAAGAAGCGCAUGUCUAUGCGCUAUGCAGACAUAUCGUCGCCUACCGGAGUAAGCGUUCCUGCUGUCCCCGCCCUACCUCUUGCUCUCCGGCCGGGCUACAAGGGCCAGGACAUUGUUAUACCGCAAACAGACGAGCCCAGGGAGGACACAAAGGAAGUAGAGAAGAGGCUUUUAGAUCAGGAUGAGUUUGACCCUGAUGCUUAUCUGAAGCUCAAGAUGGCAAACUCCACAGAAGCGGAGUUGCGCUCACUGCAGUCGUCGUUACAGGCAUCGAAGGACGAGGUCUCGCGUGAUUUGCAGCGGAAUGUGUUCAAGAACUAUGCAGAAUUUGUCAUGGUUUCGAAAGAAGUCAGCACCCUUGAAAGUGAAAUGCUCGAGCUGAAAGAAGCCUUGGCGGAGUGGAAGGGCAUGCCUUCACUGUUGCACAUAGACGACUCGGCGUCGGUUGCUGAACGUCGGCGGAAUGUCCGUUCGUCAAUUGCCGACUUACGUGUGCUAUACGCUACACAAAUGCAGAAUCUGCACAAUCAGAUUGAAGGUUGCAGCAAGUUUGUACCCACAACGCCUGGUCGUCAUGUCGUUCUCGAAAUGGACAGUGUCCUCGCUUUGAACCCGGCAACAUACAAGGUGGACCAUUCCGUUCAUUUUGUUUUACUUGAUGACGCCGUGUUGGUCGCUCGCAGACGUCGACGCAGGAACAAUGGGGAAAGUGACAAGUUAAUUGCUGAGAGGUGUUGGCCUUUGAACGAAAUGCUGGUUCUCGACACGAAGGACACGCAAUCCAUGACCAACGUGUUCAAGAUUCGACAUAACAAGGAGACUCACGUCUACCGGACUGAGGUCGCCGCGGACAAGAAACAUCUGCUUGUGCAGUUUAGGCAUGUCGCUGAAGAACUCGCCUCAAAGAGGCGCAAAGAGCGCGAAGGAGAGCACCAACGGCGCAAGAGUCUUUGGGUUAAUGGCGAUCGAACCUCACAAGCAUUUCCUCCGGAUGUCCCUCCACUUCCUGAUUUUCUUACAGAAAUGUCAGGAAACUCUGAGCUGGGAUCGUCCGCCAAGGAGAAGGCCGAACGCGAUGCUCGAUGGCUCGGAGACUUCUGUGACGACCUCACCGUAGCCAUAGCCCUCCGUAAAUGGGACCAUGCAGUUGCACUAUUGGAAGAAGGUGAAAGCAGGCUGGACAACAUGCCACUACUUGGCACUAAGCUCACACCGCUCAAGUCUUCGCUUACUUCCGCUUUGCUCCAGUCGCUGUCGUCACCGAAUAACAGGAAGUCUACGGUCGUGCACUUAAUCUCCAUGCUUGCCAGGCUCAAGGCUGGAGCUGCUGCGAGGAAUACGUUCCUCGCGUCUCGCACAGAGGUUAUGCACAAGCGCGUGCGCAUGAUUACCUUCGAGGGUCAUAUUGGCAUGUAUAUUAGCGAUCUGGCCAUCGUCGUAUUCACGGGGAUCAAGCACACCGCGGACUGGUUCCUGGCGAGUUUCAAGGAGAAUGAGGUUGCAAGCUGUUUCGUGGAGUGGGCGAAAAAACAGGUGGAAGCGUAUGCGGAGAUGUUUCGCAAGCAAGUUUAUGGCUCGGACGUUGAUCCACAAACUGUCGAGGACGCUAAGAAGAUCACGCAAGCCCAUAGCAAAAAACUCCUUGAGGAGUAUGGCCUGGAUUUCCGAUUCCUUCUUGGUAGACUUCUUUCCGAAAAUCCCGGAGAAGAACCAAGGGUUCAGCCACCAACGUAUCGACCGCACACGAACCGUAGACCUUCAGACCCAGCCCAAACCCCUCCUUCAACACCUGUCCGCUCGCGGUCCCCUGCGCCGGCUAUCGCGGUCCCAAUACCUUCCCGGAUGCGCUCUCCUGCGCCGAGCUCUAUCGCUUCCUCCCCUGCCACAUCGACGUUCACCCCGCCUGCGCCAUCGCCGGCACCCUCCACGGCUUCGUCGAUGACGACAUCGAUCCCUCGUACACGCAUAAAUUCGAACGCUUCAGGCUCCGCGCCACCGCGUCCCGAUAGCACGUACGGCGAACUCGUGUCCAAGAUCCCUGGCCCCAGGCCUCCACCGCGCGCAAACUCAAUACUUUCGUCUCGCUCGACCGCACGUCCAGGCAGUGCGACGGGCCAUCGCCCGCCGCCUGUUGCAGUACCCAAGCGCGAAGGGAUGUUUUAAUUUGAAGCGGAAUCGAGCAUUGGGUUCGCGUUGUUGCUAUAUUGUCCUCUAAUUUAAUGUACCUGUCUUUUACACUCCGUUGGUACAACCAACACUUGGACGCCGAGAAGCGCG